AACUCUUUCGCUUCAACAGAAAAAACAGCGCGUCGUCGUUUUGCUUUUCUUUUUCUUUGUCAGAAGAACACACGGGAAUUCUGUCUGCGUUUUCGAGCUUCAAGUCGUCGUUUUUUAGGUCGGAGUUUUUUCGCCAUGAACGGAAACGACGCUGUGGAAGAUGUGAAGGUGGUGGAGGAGGACUGCACGGAAAAAAUGGUGUACAUGUGGGGGUACCUUCCCGGUGCCUUGCCGGAGAAAGCUCCGAUACUGUCUCCGGCGCCGGUGCAUCUUUCCGAUCCUUCCCUAGCCGGAGACUCGUGGAAGGACGUGUGCGGCGGUGGUUGUGGAUUCGCCAUGGCCAUCUCAGAGAAUGGGAAGCUGAUAACGUGGGGUUCCGCGGAUGAUGAAAGCCAGAGCUACUUGAUGUCUGGGAAGCAUGGGGAGAUUCCAGGGCCAAUUCAGCUUCCUACUGAGGCUUCAGUGGUGAAGGUUGCUGCUGGUUGGGCUCACUGUGCCUCGGUCACUGAAGUAGAUGAUGUAUCUUACGGAAACACAGUUUUAACGGUUCGUGUGGCUUAUAUGGAAUGCUAGAUCUCAAAGGAAGUAUAUGGAAUAUGGGUGACAAGUUCAAUGCUUCAUUGAAUGUUUCUACAUUACUCUUAUUGUG